AUGGCUCCCAAAGCUGAGAAGAAACCUGCCGAGAAGAAGCCUGCUGAGGAGAAGAAGUCCACAGUGGCUGAGAAAGGCCCCGCGGAGAAGAAGCCCAAGGCCGGCAAGAAGCUUCCGAAGGAAGCUGGAGCCGCCGCUGGAGAUAAGAAGAAGAAGAGAUCGAAGAAGAGCGUCGAGACCUACAAGAUCUACAUCUUCAAGGUGUUGAAGCAGGUCCACCCUGAUAUCGGAAUCUCCAGCAAGGCCAUGGGCAUCAUGAACAGCUUCAUCAACGACAUCUUCGAGAAGCUCGCUCAGGAGUCUUCGAAGCUUGCGAGGUACAACAAGAAACCGACGAUUACUUCUCGGGAGAUUCAGACUGCUGUGAGGCUUGUGCUUCCCGGUGAGCUCGCCAAGCACGCCGUUUCUGAAGGGACUAAGGCGGUGACCAAGUUUACAAGCUCUUGA